AUGACACACAAUCUAGAAGUGAGCUAUACAGCAUUAGGGAUGUCGGACGAUAAUCAAACGAACACGAAUAGCUAUUCGAUGCCAUCGGUGGCAUCGCCAACACGAGGCACCAAUACUCGCAAUGUCAUUUUCAAUGAGGAGCUCAAUGAUCUGGCCGGUUAUCCGCCGCAACAAUUGCCACCUGUGCGUCGUUUCUCCAAAUCCAUCUUCCAACGGCCCCGCUCCAUGUCCGUCUGGAGUGACAUAAGUCGCAGCAGCAUGCGUCUGGAUGAAAGAGUGCGUGUGGAGUACUAUGUGAAUGAAAACACAUUCAAAGAAAGACUGCAACUCUAUUUCAUUAAGAAUCAGCGUUCAAGCUUACGCAUACGAAUUGCCGAUUUAUUCCUUAAGUUACUGUCGUGUGUUCUCUACAUAAUACGUGUGAUAUUGGAUAAAAAUCCAACAUUUAUAACAUGCUAUGGCUGCGAAGUGGCCAAUAAGACAGAGUUUAUCAUCUCUGCCAAGCUAACGGAGGAGGAUUUUCGGGAGCAUCCAAUCAUUAACUGGGAUGCAAUACUUUGGGUCAAUCGUCCCACAGUGCUCUGGGUGCUACAACUACUGCUGGCCAUGGUGUCAUUAACUCAAUCUUUGGUUCUAACAUAUCUAGGUUAUAAGGGCAACAUAUGGCAGCAAAUACUCUCAUUUCACUUUAUACUAGAAUUAGUAACGACAAUACCCUUUGCACUAACGAUUGUGCAUCCGCCACUGCGCAAUCUUUUCAUACCAAUUUUCCUGAACUGUUGGCUGGCCAAACGUUCGCUGGAAAACAUGUUUAACGAUUUGCAUCGUGCGAUGCAAAAAUCUCAAUCGGCUUUGUCACAACAGUUGACAAUUUUGUCGGCAACGUUGUUAUGUCUCGUUUUUACCAGUGUUUGCGGCAUUCAGCAUUUUCAGCGCGCUGGGCAUCGUCAUUUGAAUCUUUUUCAGAGCACCUAUUACGUGGUCGUGACCUUCUCCACGGUUGGUUACGGCGAUUUAGUUCCAGAUAUUUGGCCAUCCCAGUUGUAUAUGGUCAUCAUGAUUUGUGUGGCGUUGAUUGUGCUGCCCACGCAGUUUGAGCAAUUGGCCUUCACAUGGAUGGAGAGACAGAAACUGGGGGGAAGCUAUUCCUCACAUCGGGCACAGAGCGAGAAGCAUGUGGUUGUGUGCUCGACAACGUUGCAUGCGGAUACCAUUAUGGAUUUUCUGAACGAGUUCUAUGCACAUCCUUUGCUGCAGGACUUCUAUGUGGUGCUGCUUAGUCCCAUGGAAUUGGAUACAACGAUGCGUAUGAUAUUACAGGUGCCCAUUUGGGCGCAACGCGUCAUCUACAUCCAGGGGUCCUGUUUGAAGGAUGGCGAUUUGGCGAGAGCGCGAAUGAAUGAGGCGGAAGCGUGCUUCAUAUUGGCAGCUCGCAACUAUGCGGAUAAAACGGCAGCCGACGAGCAUACUAUACUAAGGUCCUGGGCCGUCAAGGACUUUGCACCGAAUGUGCCACAGUAUGUUCAGAUAUUCCGACCGGAGCACAAGCUGCAUGUGAAGUUCGCCGAGCACGUGGUCUGCGAGGAUGAAUUCAAGUACGCCUUGUUGGCCAACAAUUGCACCUGUCCGGGCGCCAGCACAUUGGUCACCCUUCUCCUGCACACGUCACGCGGACAGGAAGGCCAACAAUCGCCAGAGGAAUGGCAUCGUCUCUAUGGCAAAUGUUCGGGCAAUGAGAUUUAUCAUAUUGUGCUCGGAGACAGCCGCUUCUUCGGGGAGUACGAGGGUAAAAGUUUUACCUAUGCCAGUUUUCAUUCGCAUCGCAAGUAUGGUGUUGCUUUGGUGGGCGUACGUCCGGCAGAACUGCCGGAAUUCUAUGAGGACACCAUACUACUAAAUCCAGGACCCAGGCACAUUAUGAAAAAGGAUGACACGUGCUAUUAUAUGAGCAUUACCAAGGAGGAGAAUUCGGCAUUUGUCGUUAAUCAAAAUCAAACUACGGAUACAUCGGCAACUGGCAAGGAUGGAGGCGCCACAGGCAGCGGCGGCAUCGGAGGCGGUCCUGGAUCCUCACACACUCAUGCAGCAACUGCCAAUACAACAACAGCAACAACAUCAACAACAACACAAGCAACAACACCAGUAACAUCAACAACAACAAUUAGCACGACUCUCACAUCAUCAACAUUAUUAUCAGCAUCAACAACAACAGCAACAACAGCAACAACCGCAAUUGCACCAGUGCCGUCUGUUUGUGUUCGUGUGCCCCACAGUCCCAGUUAUGACUCUGGCGCCGGCACGCCCCAAACCGAGAGGCAACACUUGCAACCGUAUCCGUAUCCGCAACUGCAACCGUAUCCGUAUCCGCAAAUGCAACAACUGCAACUACAACAACAAACAUGUGACAGUGACUAUACAACACUAUUUGUGCCCAACGACAACCCAACGGCUGUGAUAAUAGCGGACUCGAGGCAGAAUCUUAAGGACACGACGGUCAGCACAACGCAAAUGGCAACAACAACGACAGCACUAACAACAACAACGUUGCCACUGACCAUGGGUGGUGCAAGUGGAUCUUCGGGUGUGGUACAAGCUGGUAGCAGUAGCAGUGCUGGUGGUUUGGGCAUGGGUCUCAAUAUGGGCACCUCGCUGAGCAUAACACCUGCCACAUUGACCACCACGGGGAAUCAUCUGGACGUGCCCUAUGCCAACAAUCCCAAUCUGCUCAGUCCCGAUGUGCUCAAUCAGCGUCGAGGCAGUCGACGUCCCUCAAUUUUGCCCGUGCCCGAUAUGUUCACCUCCUCGUCCUUUAGCAUUGCUGGCAACGAUGAUGGCGAAGAGGGAGACGAGAGUGACGAUGAAAUCGAUGAUGAAAUGCCUUGGCGUUCGCCCUCCGAGAAGAUUGCUUGCUUGGGCGGGCAUUUUCCCCAAUCGCGAACAUAUUCGCUCAUCAUGAGCUCCUCGGAGGACUCGUAUCCGCGUGGUGGAUCCGUUGGCUCCUGUGGCCACUGCAAUGCCACUGGGCCACCACCACCUGCACCAUCUGCACCACCAGCACCACCAGCACCGCCGCUGUGUGAAUGGCCUGCACCGCUGCGCAGGCGCGCCAUGAAGAAGAGCUACAGCUGCGACAGCGAGUGCACAAUGCCCACCAGUCAACGGCUGGGAAUGGGAGUGGGUAUGGGGAUGGGGAUGGGUUCAGGUAUGGGUGGUGGCACUUUGGCGGUGCUGGCGGCGCGACGGCGUCAGCUGCAGCGCAGUUGCUGCAGUUGCUCCCACGAUAGCAGCGGCAGCAGCACCACCACCACCACCACAACAACCGCAGCAGCUGCAGCGGUGGCUGCGGUGCCACAAAUGAGCACCACCGCUGACUCUGUCCACGGCCAACCGCCGGCAUUUACAUUCACGUCAAGCAGCUCCGGUGAGACGCGACGUCUGACGCGUCCGGUGUGGGCCGCCGACUAUUCCGGCAUUGUCAAAGGAUUUCCACCAGUGUCGCCCUUCAUCGGUGUCAGUCCGACACUCUGUUACCUGCUCAAAGAGAAGAAACCACUUUGCUGCCUGCAGUUGGCCCAGGUCUGCGAGCAUUGCAGCUAUCGCAAUGCCAAGGAAUAUCAAUGGCAGAACAAGACCAUCAUUCUGGCCGCUGACUAUGCAUCGAAUGGCAUCUAUAACUUCAUUAUUCCACUACGUGCUCACUUCCGUUCCAAGACUUCAUUAAACCCCAUCAUUUUGCUGCUGGAACGUCGUCCGGAUGUCGCUUUUCUCGAUGCACUCUCCUACUUCCCGCUGGUUUAUUGGAUGCUCGGCUCCAUUGACUGCCUUGAUGAUCUGCUGCGUGCGGGAAUUACUCUGGCUGAGAGUGUGGUCGUGGUCAACAAGGAACUUUCCAACUCCGCCGAGGAGGACUCCCUCUCCGACUGCAACACAAUUGUUGCUGUGCAGAAUAUGUUCAAAUUCUUUCCGAGCAUCAAGAGUAUUACGGAGCUGUCGCAGAGCUCGAACAUGCGCUUCAUGCAAUUCCGGGCGCAUGACAAGUACGCACUGCACCUUAGCAAAAUGGAGAAGCGCGAGAAGGAGCGCGGUUCGCACAUCUCGUACAUGUUUCGUCUGCCAUUUGCCGCCGGUGCGGUCUUCAGUGCCUCGAUGCUGGACACGCUGCUGUACCAGGCGUUUGUCAAGGAUUAUGUGAUUACCUUUGUGCGAUUGCUGCUAGGCAUUGAUCAGGCGCCAGGCAGCGGUUUUCUCACCUCGAUGCGAAUCACCAAGGAUGACAUGUGGAUACGCACUUAUGGACGCUUGUAUCAGAAACUCUGUUCGACAACCUGCGAAAUUCCAAUUGGCAUUUAUCGCACACAGGACACUUCGAAUGCGGACACGUCACAUGUGAGUAACUCGCCGGUCGAAAGAUGGGGACCCUUCUCCGCCUUCAGCAGGCAUUGUGUGCGCUUGCGUCCAUCGUACGAUGAGGAAACUGGCACCCCCGAUUCGACAAAGGACAGCACGGAAAUGCUGCGAGGUGUUACAUAUCGACCGCCCUCAUCAGGUGGCGCCACAGGUACAGGCAGUUACCGUCCCCGCCAGAAGUCGGUCAACUGUCUGGGUGGCUGCUCGGACCGUAAGGGAUCAUCCUAUUCGAUUAAUUUGGCGGAUGAGGCGCGUGAUAACCAUGCCCAACAAAUCGAAAGAGCUGAAAUCGCCAAUCUGGUGAGGAGUCGCAUGGAAUCGCUAAAUCUACCCACCAUUGACUAUGACGAUGUCAGCGAGAAGCGGAAUCAUUUGUCCUAUGUGAUAAUCAAUCCGAGCUGUGAUCUUAAGCUGGAGGAGGGUGAUCUCAUCUAUUUGGUACGCCCGUCACCGUUUUCGGCCCAAAAGACGUUUGAGCGUCACAAUUCGAGGCGCAAGUCGAACAUCUCUUUCUGUUCAAACAUCAACUUGGGCGCCACCUGUGGUCCACAAAUGCCAAACAUGCCCAACACCGCCGUCGGAGCUGGUUCGCGUCGCGGCUCCGGCAUCGCCGGUUUGAACCCCAUGCAAAUGCAGAGCGUUCAGACAUUGGCUGGGUAUGGAUCAUCGCAGCGCUGUUCGCCCCCGAUGCAGCAAAUUAAAUCGAAUUCUCUUUCUCUACCCGACAGUCCGACGGUGGUUGGCUCACAGCGCGGCAGGAGUAACUCAUUGCGGAUUGAUAAUGAUAUACUAUUGCGUCGCUCAUCCUCACUGCGCCAAGGAUUACCCAGUGUGGGAGUAAGCCAUGGAAGGCGCAAGUCCUCCCUCGAGGAGAUCGGCAUCAGUCACUUCACAACGCUCAUGCAGGCAACGAAUCACAGCAAUCCUAUUAAGAUCUCACUCAAUGGCAGCAUAGGCAUGGAGAAUCAAAUUUCACUGCAGGUCACGCCGCCGGAGGAACCGACGCCCAUGUUGGGCGUACCUUGUGUGCUUGGAGGCGGUGGUGUGGGCGGCAUUAAUCCCUCAGCAUUGGGUGGCAGCUCGGGCGGUGGCAUGCUGGGCGCCAGUUCCUCGCUGGCCAUAAACACCGCAGAUUUAGGACCUGGACCGAGCACCUCUUCUGGUGCAACGUUGCAAGCACAGGAUUCGUUGCCACAAUCGUCUCAGGUGUCGUCACCGCAGCAUUUGCAGGGCACGAUUGUAUGAUACAACCUGAUGUGGGGUCGCCGACUCCGCUCUUCGAUGUCGAAAAACAAGUGGAUAUAGAAUACGGCCAGCACACACAGACGUAGAGAUAAGUUCUAAAAGCAACUUGUACUGUACUAGACAAAGCUGCUAGCCCAAUCCAAUGCUAAUUAGAUUGUAUACAUAGUUAGAGAUGGUUGCGUGACACGAAGUAGGAAUUAAGAAAUCGUGAGCAUAAUAUAAUAGGA